ACCAAUGUACAGUAAAAAUUAUAAGAUGGAACAACCUUAAAUAAGCAUAUCAUUAAAUAACACUAUCACAUAAACUGUGGGGCCCACAGUGCAGUACCCGUACGACCUCAAUGGUCCCCACCAUCUUCUAUGUGUCUCCAUCACAUUAAUGUGCUCUCAGAUUCUUCUCGUCCAUCACCAUUUCACCAUUCUGCAUCUCAGUCUCUGCGCUGAUCCUCCUUCCCCUAACAAUACCCCUCCGCGCCUAUAAUUUGUUCGCCUCGGCAUUAACACAAAUGACUAGCGAGCAAGCUAGAGCGAGCCACUAAAAGUCCCCUCUUUUCCGGCGGCGAUGAGCCGGAAUCAGCCCAAACUUAAGCCGCCGCCACGGCCCUUCUUCUCCUGUGCGAUUUUCCGGAACUGUACGCAGUCAGCCCUCAGUCCCAGAACUCCCUCCGGCUCUCCAACAUCCUACCUCCAUGAACUGUUAGCCUCCCCAUCUCUUCCUCCUCCACCACCACCACCUCCUCCACCUCCAACAGCAGCUCCUCCUCCCUCCACCGCCCUUCCUUCUUCGAGCUCCUCUUCUUCAUCCUCCUCCGCAUCCCACAGCUUCACUCAAUGGCGUUUCCCACUGCAACACAAUCACCACCCGCCGCUCCCUGAGCCAGAACUUUAUCGCCCUCCAUCCGCAGACUCCGCGUCCUUCUUGUCAAUCAACCUCUCCGAAGCCUACCACGCUUCCGAGCUGCAUUUCAGCUCCGGCGACAGUGUUCAUGCCCUCCGCCUCUUGGAGCGAUCCCUCGCAACAGCGAGCCCCUCACCGCCGGCAUCUCUACGGAUCAUGGAGGCUGUUGUCGCGGCGCUGAGGCAAGCAGAGACUGCGCGGGCGGCUGCAAAGGUGUUGCUAGCUAUGGUAUUGGCAGAAGGUAACCGCCGGUCAGCAGUGGACGCUGCUGUAGAGGCGGUGGCGUCCGCCGGAACAGGUGCCACGACGGUGAAGGAAAGAACACUAGCGGCGUUGGAGUUGUUGUGUACGGUGGAGGAGGGAGCGAAGGAGGUGAGAGAACACGCUCUAGCGCCGGCGGCACUCGCUAGAUCUGUGGAGGGGAUGACGGGGAGAGGAAGGGAAUGUGCGAUCGGGAUCUUGGCAGCUAUAUACGCCGGAGAUAGGGCGGCGGAUGCGCCGAAGGUGGUGGCGCAUGCGGUGGUGGUGGCCUUACAGGGAGAAUGUAGCGCUCGGGGGAGAAGAAAGGGGGCACAAUUGUUGCGUGCUUUGAAGGAGAGAAGUCGGCUGGAUCUCGCAGAUGUUGGGGA